UUAUAAAUAUUUCCAUAAUUUCAUACAUUUUGGAGAUCACUCAUCAACUUAACUCACCACCCUCCUCCUUCAAUUAAUCAAUCAGAAAACCAAAAAUUUCAUCUCAUCAAUCAUCAUGUUGAUCACCACCAAAACAGCUUCACUUACUAAUGAUGAGCUUAUUCAGUAUUCUAAUCCAAUUCUUGAGAUCAAAAUUCAGCAUGAUGAUCAUGAGUUCAUGAACAUCAGUCAUACUAAUCAUAAUCAUAAUCCAAUAGAGGCUAGGAUUCUAUCUCCGAGGUACUCGAAAAACGUCACCGUCAUCGGAGGUGGUGGUGGUGUUGGUUUGGGUAUUGUUGCUGCACUUGACAACUUCAGUAGCACGGUGAACGGCGAGAAAACCGUGACCAAACUCACCUGCGGAACUAAUCGGUCCAAUCCGAUUGCCAUAUCGACUAUAAAUAAGUAUACUAAUGGUAUUAAUCCCAAAGGAUGUGAAGGUUUAGGAAGUGUGGAGAUGGCUACUAGUACUACUGGUGGUGCUACUAGUGUAACAAGAUCAGUGUAUUGUGAUGGAGGUAUUCAAAAUAUGAGAAAUCAAAGAUUAAACAAAUGGAAACAAGUUGGUGUGUUUUAUGAAUCGCUGUCGCCGGUAUUUUAUAAUUCAAGCGUCGUUGCCAGAGAUUAUCCUCCAUCGGAUUUUCUUAGUUCAUGUUAUUUAUGUAGGAAAAAGCUGCAUGGGAAAGAUAUAUACAUGUACAGAGGUGAAAAAGCAUUUUGUAGUACAGAAUGCCGGUACAAACAAAUAGCUGACGAUGAACGUAAAGAUAAGAAGCGUCCUCGUCGUAGAAACAGUGUCUCGAGAGCAUCUUUUGAUAUAUCAUCAUCGGCCGGAGGCUCACCUUACUUGGAGGAUCAUCUUUUCUCUCCUGGAAUAAUGGCAAUAUGAUUUUUAUGCAACACGCACUGAAAGACUACCGGUUAAAUAGAAGAUGGAUCUAUCUGGAAGAGAUCGAAAGAAAGUUUUGGUAAUGGCUGCAUUAAUGAAAAUAUACAGCUUGAUAGUGUAUGUUAACUGCUAAUAAUCGACUGUACUAUGAAGUCUGAACCUGUUUAAUAGGUUGUAAAAAUUCAGCACGGAGCAUUCGUAUUGGUAAUCUAUGCAUCUUCAGCUUCAUUACUCUCUUUUUCGAUUAAAUUUACAUGUAAUUAAGGCUGUGCACUAGUACUAGUUAUCUAUAUAUCUUCAGCUUCAUUGCUGUCUUUUUCGGUUG